CCGUGCCUCCCCCCGCCCCCCCUCCCACAGCCCCCGCUGUGUGAGAAGAGAUACCAGGCUCUCCAGGCGACAGGAGGGAAGGAGAUGUAGGAGGAAGCUGCUGGAGAGCAGAAAGGAAAGAAAAGAAGGAACCAAAGAUCGAAGAUCGGUUGCCUGGAACACAGCAGAGUGUCUGCGCACUGUCCGUAUCACCCCUGCUCAGCGCCCCAUGCCAUGGAUAUAAUAUUUGGCAGAAAUAAGAAGGAGCAGCUGGAACCUGUGAGGGCCAAAGUGACAGGCAGGAUUCCCCCAUGGCUGCAGGGCACCCUGCUCCGCAAUGGGCCUGGAAUGCACACAGUGGGGGAGACCAGAUACAACCAUUGGUUUGACGGCCUGGCCUUGCUCCACAGCUUCACAAUUAGAGACGGUGAAGUCUGUUACAGGAGCAAAUACCUAAGAAGUGACACCUACAAAGCCAACAUCGAGGCCAACAGGAUUGUUGUGUCAGAGUUUGGAACGAUGGCCUAUCCGGACCCCUGCAAAAAUAUAUUUUCCAAAGCUUUCUCCUACUUGUCCCAUACCAUCCCCGAUUUCACAGACAACUGCCUGAUUAACAUCAUGAAGUGUGGAGAAGACUUCUAUGCGACCACAGAGACCAAUUACAUCAGGAAAAUCAACCCACAGACUCUGGAGACCCUGGAGAAGGUUGACUAUCGCAAAUACGUGACUGUAAAUCUGGCAACAGCACAUCCCCAUUAUGAUGCAGCCGGAAAUGUUCUGAACAUGGGCACAUCCAUCAUGGACAAGGGGAAGACAAGAUAUGUGGUCUUUAGGAUCCCUGCCGCUGUACCAGAGGACAAGAAGGGGACGAACCCCUUGAAGCACACGGAGGUGUUCUGCUCCAUCACUUCCCGCUCCCUACUCUCCCCGAGCUAUUACCACAGCUUCGGAGUCACCGAGAACCACAUCGUUUUCCUUGAGCAGCCUUUCAAGCUGGAUAUCCUCAAAAUGUCAACCGCGUACAUCCGGGGAGCAAACUGGGCCUCCUGCCUGGCCUUCCACAAGGAGGACAAGACUUACAUUCAUGUCAUCGACCAGAGGACCAGGAAGCCUCUGCCCACCAAGUUUUACACGGACCCAAUGGUGGUCUUUCAUCACGUCAACGCCUACGAGGAAGAUGGUUGCCUUCUGUUUGACGUCAUCACCUACGAGGACAGCAGCCUUUACGAGCUCUUCUACUUGGCCAACCUGAACCAGGACUUUGAGGAGAACUGCAGGCUCACCUCCAUCCCCACCCUCAGGAGGUUCGCCGUGCCCCUCGGUGUGGACAAGAAUGCAGAAGUGGGCUCAAAUUUAAUCAAACUGACAUCUACAACAGCAAAGGCCCUGAAGGAAAAAGAUGACCAAGUCUACUGCCAGCCAGAGUUGCUUUAUGAAGGCUUAGAGCUGCCUCGGAUCAAUUAUGCUCGCAAUGGGAAGCGAUAUCGCUACGUCUUUGCUGCCGAAGUUCAGUGGAGUCCUAUCCCAACCAAGAUACUGAAAUACGAUGUUCUCACAAAGUCAUCCUUAAAAUGGGGACAGGAGCAUUGCUGGCCAGCAGAACCCCUCUUUGUCCCCACACCGGGUGCCCAGGACGAGGAUGAUGGGAUUAUCCUAUCAGCCAUCGUCUCUACCGAUCCCCAAAAGCUGCCUUUUCUGCUUAUUCUGGAUGCCAAAAGUUUUACAGAAUUGGCUCGUGCAUCCAUCGAUGUAGAGAUGCACCUGGACCUCCAUGGGUUAUUCAUCCCGGACACAGACUGGGACGCGAGGAAGCCGGCCCUUUCCCAGGAAGAGCGGGACCGGGCUCCAGACAGCUGCGUGGCCCCGCAGGCCUGACUGGGGUGGGGCCUGGGCCCUGGGCCCUGGGCAGAAGGGCCCCACUGGCAGGCUCCUGCAGGACUGCGGGCUUGCUUCCUCUCUGGGUGAAGGGACUGCGGGCUUGCUUCCUCUCUGGGUGAAGGGGAGGUCCUUCAUUUCGUUUGCACUUCUUCUUUCUGUGGUUGCUUUGAGACAAAGGUGUGGAAAUCGUGCUUGUUAGUAUCUUUUCUUUCCACUUAUUUUGGCCAUAAAGACCUUGUUUGAAAGUGGAUAAAUAUUUAUUGAUUAGCUCAAGCCCUUCUAAGAAAGCCUUUUUCAUUAUGACAAUGAUAGUGACUAGAAACUGUACUAAGUCACAUAGUCAACCAUCUUAGAAUGAGCAACCACUGACAUCUCAGAGGAGAGACAAGUAAACAUCCAUCGCUUCUCCUUCCUGCCGCCCCUUCUCGCCCUCUUGCCAGUAGACUAGCUUGUGGAUCUAGGAGCUGUAGCUUUCUCCACUGUGACUUUAGUAAAUUAUGUGGCCAGGAAGGCAUAUUGCUUUGGGGUCAUUCCAUGCAAGGUAUGGCAUAAUUUAAAAUAAUAAAAACUUUGAAGUCUG